UCGGACAUCAGAGGAUUAGAAAUUGUCGAACUUCUUCCCGACCUGCCGCCUCGUCUGCAUCUUCCUGAUUCUCUGCGUUUCUCGUUUUUAUAAUAAUUCACAGACUUUUGUGUAUUCAAAUACGCAAGAGAAUGUUGUCAAAAACAUUACAGUGCGCUGCUCGGCGGUCGCUGGGUGAGAAUGCCGGAAUCAGCCGACUCGUGCGGAGGAAGUUUAGCAGCUCGCGAUCUCUCUCAAGUCAAGAAUUGCCGGAGUCGCUGUUCAAGAUUACGACGCUGCCGAACGGGCUUCGCGUCGUGACUGAUGGGCCUCCGCAUCAUUUCUCGACUCUGGGGGUAUACAUUGACGCCGGUACGCGGUAUGAAGAUUCGUCGCUGAUCGGUGUCAGUCAUGUAAUAGAUCGGCUGUCUUAUCUGUCAACUGUCGGCAUGAGCGCGGAGACUAUGGAGUUGAAACUUGCCUCGCUAGGCGGAAACCACAUGUGUCUCUCGUCGCGGGAGAUAAUGCUCUACCAGGCGGCAGUAUUCAAUCAUAAUGUCGAGGAGAUGUUUGAGCUGAUGGCAGCGACUAUUCGCUGGCCGCAGAUUACCGAGGAAGAACUCAAGAACCAGAAAGAGUCAAUGAGGUAUGAGAUUGCCCAGAUCUGGGAAAAGCCCGAUAUGGUCCUGCCAGAGUGCGUGGACAUGUGUGCGUACCGGGACAACACGCUCGGCUUGCCUCCGCUGUGUCCCGAGGAAAGGCUGGAUGUGAUCAGUCGGAAUGACGUGAUGCGGUACCGCGAGAAGUUCUACACUCCGGAGAGGAUGGUGGUGGCGUUUAUUGGCGUUGACCACGACCGCGCGGUCGAGAUGGCGCACAAGCAGUUUGGCGAUAUGCAAAAGUCGCAUAUCCCGGUCGAGCGUGAGGUUUCGCGGUAUGUGGGAGGCGUGCACGAUAUGGGUGACAUGCCGGUCGAGCAUGUGCCGAACGAGCCCGAGCUCGCGCGGAUUUAUCUCGGAUUCGAAGCGUUGGCGCUCGAUGACCCUGAUAUCUACGCGAUCGCCACGCUGCAGGUCUUGCUCGGCGGCGGAGGGUCGUUUUCGGCGGGAGGACCGGGCAAGGGGAUGUACUCGCGGCUGUACACGGGCGUGUUGAAUCGGUACGCGUUUAUCGAGAAUUGCCAGUCGUUCAACCAUGUGUAUUCGGACUCUGGGGUGUUUGGAAUCUCGGUGGCAUGCCUGCCUUCGUACGCGAAGAUGGUUCCGCAGAUCAUCUGCGGGCAGCUCGGGUACCUGAUGUCUAGUUUCGCAGGCGGGCUGACGCAGACUGACGUUACGCGGGCGAAGAACCAGUUGCGGAGCACGAUGCUGAUGACGCUCGAGAGCAAGCUGGUCCAGCUCGAGGACACGGGGCGACAGGUGCUGCAGAUGGGCACGCGGGUGCCGGUGGAGGAGAUGUGCGCGAAGAUCGACGCGUUGACGGUCUCUGACAUCCGGAGGGUGGCCAAGCGGGUGCUGAGGGGCAAUGUGCGCAACAAGGGGACUGCGAGCAGGCAGCCGACUGUUGUGACGCAGGGCGAGCCGGGUGUGUUUGGGGACGUGUUGGUCGAGUGCAAAAAGUUCGGGUUGGCUCACUAGGUUUGUAUACUUAAAAGUUUAGACAGGUAUCUAGAAAUCUACCCAUGUAAAAAGAUGAUAUAAUAUCUACUCGUGUAAAAAGAU